AACCACUCGCUGACUUUGGAUGGGAGGAGGAAGAGGAGGAGGUGGUGGUAGAGGAGGAGGGGGAGGAGGAGGAGGAAGAGGAGGAGGAGGGAGGGGGGGGUUCGGUGAGGACUGUGGGAAAGGAGCGUGCCAUCCGAGGCAGAAGAGGAAUCUCUGUCUGUCUGUGUCCAUGUCUCUUCUGUGUUCCCGGCUUCAUUCGUACAAAAAGCGUCAGAGUCUCGCCUGCUGUUCCACCUCUGGAUUUAAGUCGGCUGGAUUACUGCUCGGACACUCAGCUCAUUAUUCCAUGCUGCCACAUUUAAAUGGGAGGCAAAGUUGGACCUCCGUGGACUGCACAAAUGGUGACAAACAGUUUGAUUUUUCUUGCGCUUUUACGAGCUUCCUAGCAUUCAAAAUGAGUCCAAAAAAGAAAAGUGUUUUUAUAUGUAAAAAAAACUGAGCUCUUUUCUCUUUGCUAUUGUCUAGGUUAGUUGUUUUUGCAGUAGAAUCUUUAGAACUUGGCUAUUGAGACAUAUUUUAACGUGAAUUUUAAAGAUGAGUGGGGAAGAGGGGUAGACAUAUGUCUCCAUCUUCACCUUUUUAAAAGUCAGUCAGCCUAACCUUGAUCCUUCUUUCAUUUUUGAAAUAGAUAAUGUGACUGUGGCACUUUUUUUCUGUGCUCUCUUAGUGUCAUUUUUUUCUUUUUUUUGGUCAGAGUGGAGACUUUACAUUGGACUGCAGUUGAACUUGAAUCUCUUCCUGCUUUUCCCUCUCCAAGGGAACCCUCAAACUAAACUCUUCCCUGUUAACCCACUUAAACGCCCCGAUCUCCCCUGUGGGGGCUUCUCUUAAACGUCCGUCCUACUCUACUUAUUUUUUGAGGAAAGCAAAAGCCAAAGCAGCAAAGGGGGUACUCGGAUAAAAGACACCCCCCUCCCAAAGGUGAGAGGGGGGGGAAGAUGGCAGCUCUCGCCAGCUCUCUCAUUAGACAGAAACGGGCAGUCAAGGACGACCAAACCAACCGACCGGUAGCCAACAAGCGCAAGCCCUGUCCUAAGAGCAACAAGUCCUUGUGCCAGAAACAGAUCCUGGUCCUGAUAUCCAAAGUACGACUAUGCGGCGGUCGAAAAGGUCGAAACGACAAAAGACCCGAGCCCCAGCUGAAGGGCAUUGUUACCCGGCUAUACAGCCAACACGGGUUCUACCUGCAGAUGCAGCCUGACGGCACCAUGGACAGCACAAGGGAGGAGGGCAGCUCAUUCUCACAGUUCAACUUAAUUCCGGUGGGACUGCGGAUUGUUGCAAUCCAGGGGGCAAAGACAGGGCUGUACCUUGCCAUGAAUAGUGAAGGAUACCUCUAUACCUCGGACAACUUCACUCCAGAGUGUAAGUUCAAGGAGAGUGUGUUUGAGAACUACUACGUUACAUACUCCUCCUUGCUCUAUCGCCAGACCCAGUCUGGCCGCUCCUGGUAUAUCGGUAUCAACCGUGAUGGCCAGAUCAUGAAGGGCAACCGGGUAAAGAAGACCAAAGCAACUGCACACUUCCUGCCUAAAGUUAUAGAGGUUGCGAUGUAUAAGGAGCCAUCGCUACACGAACUCAACAGUGAACCGGUGAGUCCUCCUCGGAAGACAGUGAAGACGUCAGACUCGCCGUCCCUAAAAAAUGGAAGGAAAGAAGCUCCAAAGGCUGAUGCCUCAUAGCACAGGAGAUUGAGGGUGGGACAACGGGGGCAGCAGUGACACUUUGGAAAACACAGUCGCCCAUUAUGCACUGAGGGUGGCUAAGGGAAUGGCCCCUCGCUGGCCACCAUGUUCCAGAAGUGCACUAAAAAAGAUGCUGAGGGAUAAAAGAGUCAGCAGUCCAUCAGCAGCCAACAAGGCCUGAGAGAGGAGUCCCCCACCCAGACCCCCACCCCCCUUACCUGUCACCACAGAAAUAAAGCCCACGGCCUGAGCCAGACUUACUACCACCUCCCCUUUCCCACUGUUUGUCUCUUUCUCCGCCCCCCCCCUGUGAUUUCCUAAUGCACAAUCUCCUUCGUUUCCCGACAAUUCCAUUUUUUCUCACAGGGCUACCCACCGCCUGCUCUAUCGCACUGUAUAUUCACCACUCGUGCAUGUCCGGCGCUGACUCGGCAUCAUAAUCCUCACCCACGGGGCCCUCCCUCUUGUGCCCUAAAGUUGGUCACAGCGUGGCCCAGCCAGCUUUCCACCCACCAUCUGCCGACCAAGCUAAGCUAAUCACCAAGGUCGACUAAAGCUCAAAGUGAGACGAAGCGGCUCGGAGGUCAGGUCAGCGAGAUGGUGUGUGGGCAGAACAUCUGCAUUUAAAGCAGAGUUUAUAAUAUUAAUAACGUGUUGCAACUUUUUUUUUGUUUUGUUUUUGUGAAUAUUUCAGCCAAUCCUAUGAUAAGCGAUGAAAAAUGAUGGAAAAAACGGAUGAUUGUGAUAGCGCCGAUUAAAAAAACAACAGUGAUCCUGAUGCUUUUGAUGACGAAGAUUUCAGAAUUGAAGAAGACGAGUAUAACGGAAAGUUUACAAAGCGCACUAGAGAGGCAGUGCUUGCAGAAGUGACACAUGAAAUACAAUAAAAAAAUCUAUUCUUCCUGGGAAAAUGAGCCAUAAAAUAGAGCGUUAAAUACCGGAGUUUUUACUCCAGACGCCUGAGCAAUAUUUGUACCAACAAGCCAGAAGAUAAUUCUCAGUCGCCCUAUUUCAAACCUCUCUUCUCUACCAGGUGACCACUUAAUUAUAUUGCACUAGCUCGUUAAGAGGCUACAAAUGAACAACCGGGUCAUGUUUUAAAUCCAGAGUGGAUCCGAAAGUCAGUCACCUGAAUAAGGAGUCACAGUGUGUACUUCACUCAGCAUCUGCUGUCAGCAUAAAGCCAGGUUUGAAGCCAAACAUCAAAGCCAGAUGAGCCUCUGAGCUGAAGCACUUGUUAUUCCGACGAUGUCUGGCAGCUUAUCCACUCGCUGGCUUUAUCAAAUCACCUUGGAAGAAUCGCCCCUCAAAAAAAAAAAAAAAUGUAGCUGUCUGAGUUAAUGCCCGUGAUGUGAUUGUGUUUUAACCCCUGUGUGUGGACUGAUGUCUUCUACCGUAUAGAUGCACUGCGUGAUUCUGUGUGUGAAUGUGUGCACAUGCAGAGGGUAGAUAGGGAUACUGUGGGUAACCUCUACCUUGUCCUUCAGACAGGACAUGACAUUGUGUCUUUGAUAUGUCUGCCUCUGUGUAUAGGUGAUACGUGUGUGUGUGUGUGUGUGUGUGUGAGGGGUGGAGGGGUGGGGACAUCAGUCUUGUCUACCGUUUUAAAAAAGCAGAGAUGAGUGUCUCUGUGCAAACCCGCAGAAGGUAGAUCAUUAAUUUAACAGUUUGUGCCUGUGCAAUAAACUAAUGUUUUGAUUUGGGCAGAGUCUCUGAAAUUUCAGAAAGACCUCAGCUUCUGAAUGAGAGCGGGUCAGGAUAUCGGUUGUUGUCAUGUCAAUGCUAGGUUUGCUGUAGGGCGCUGUCUGAUCUGGUAACGCACUGAGUGAAAAAAAAAAAAGUGUCACCACAAUGUUCAGUCAAAGCGAACGUGCAUGCACGGAUACCACCAACAAACGCAGACAGUCCCUUUUGCCAUGUCGGGGGAAGAGCAAACGCCGGGAGAGGCGGAAGGUUAUUACAUGGUCGUAGAUCAAUUCUAGAAGGUUCAAAGCACUGGGAUGGUGUCUAAUUUUAAUGGUAACAUAAUGUGAAGGAGGGUAACAGAAUGUGAAACAGAGGCUUUGUGAAUGUGCUGCAUUGAGGGUGAGAGCAAGUCUGAAACAGGGUGAUGAAUUGUAAAGAGGUCAGCGCAGGGAGGCAGUUAUUUCGAAAAGAGUGAAGGAUUAGCAGGUGUAUUCUUGAGGAAUGUCGAUAAGAAAUUUCUGCAGUAAAGUAAGCAAAAUUCUUGGCAAGGUUUUAUGCAGCAUGUGGAUAUGAUAAUUAAUGUAAGACAAAGAGGCAUGUAAGGCACUGCGCGCUAUUUAUGACAGGGGGGGUCUAUGGAGGAAAUUACUCGGAGGGUAUUUGGAUUUCUUCAUUAAGUCUUUAAUUUUCUGGGCUUUUCCAGGGAGAAUAUCAUUCGGUUCAAUUUUAGAUAUGUUGUCCUUGUAGCAGAAUUUGCCGACAAAUCUUUAUUUUUUUUUACCGUACAGUUAUCCCUCCCCUUGGUGGAUUCCGGUACAGCCUUGUAUGAUUUUUUUUUUUUUUUUUAUAGCUGCGCAUUACCAUCUACUGUAAGAUAUCAAAGUGUGUGCACAGCAGGUAGUACACAAUGCUAUCGGCUUAUAUUGGCUGUCAGGGCUCAUACGGCGCUCCAUAUUUGUGUAUUCCAUCUGGGAGCUUCUGUAUGCCAGUUCACAUUUCAAAGUUGAUCGUUAAGUCCGUCCUAUAAAAGGAAAGUGCUCGGAGGUGCAAAACAGAGAGUGACUGACGGCAAGGGAACCCUGCAUGCCAAAAUGAGACAUAUUGACUUUUUUUUUUUUGUCUUAGCAUUACAGUACGGCUGCCACUAAUAAUUACUUUCAUUAUUGAUUAACCUGCCCAAUAAUUAAUAUUCCAAAUAUUAGUUUUCCACACCCUCAGAUGUCUUAUCUUGUCCGACUGGCAGUCCAAAGUUCAUAGACAUGAAAUAAUCACAUCCCUGAUGAUGGAAACAAUAAUUUUUUUUUAUCUAUCGAUUCAUUGUUGCAGCUCUGCUUUACAGUGCAUUGAAGCAGAUCGAAGGACGUAAACUUUAAACAUCAAAGAAACCCCAAUCCUCCAUAGAUGCCUCUCCCAAAAAACGCACAGUCUAUGGUUAUACCGAAGAACGCCACAGCAAGUUGUCCAAUGGUGAUUCUGCACGUAGACAGACAAGACCAGAGAAUGUUAAGCAGUCGAAUGUCCAACGCGAAGUGAAGAGCGAAGCCGAAUGUAAGACGGGUUUUUGACAGGUUCCGAGACAAGUAAGUGCAAUGAAGGCGACAGAAGGUAGGACCUUGGUCGUGCAGCUAUUAGGUGCAUCCUUGAAUGUAAGAAAAAGCUCUGGGAGAAAAAAAAGGUUGCAGUAGGUGAAUAGAAAAAGCUAGCCACAGAGUAGAGAAAGGUGUUAAGAGGAUCUUUGUUAUUGUAGUUUGAGGAAGUCAGAAAGUGGUGCAAAGCGAGCAGCGAGGUGGGAACAUUGAAAAUGAAAAAAUACCCGUAUAGUUUGUGUGCCCACGCUUCAGAGAUUUAAAGUCGUAAUCCCUUCCCUACACACAUCUCCUCAACCACAGCCUACAGUAGCUACAGCCCAUUAACUUUCCUUUCAACUCUAUGUUGCCUGUGUAGGUGUAUACCUUACAGUGUGUUUUUGAGGGUCUGUGUUUAUGUGUGUGUAUGUGUGUGUGUGUGUGUGCAUCUAUGAUUAAGAGUAAGGUAAGACAAGACAGAGAGGCAAGGAGAAAAAGAAAGGGCACGGGAUUGAAACAAUGAUCGAUAGACCCAAUAAAACACAGACGAGAGAACAGCCACCCUGCGAUGGGUGCAAAAAUUUCCCCAAGGUCUGCCAGAGACAGCAAAAUCCAUUUUGUUCAUAAUGAACUCGGAGGACUGUUGUUUGAUUUCUACCUGUAGCCACAACAGAAGGAGGAGUUUUUUCCUCGGGGCUUCCACACUGCGAGCCUGACAAACAUUUUUCUCUUGUUUCAAACAGUGUGAGCAUCAGCAGCCGCGCUAUCCUUUGAGACGUAUACCUUCUAAAAGGUAGUGCAGGUGCCUACCAUAAACCAAGUCCCCAAACCCGACCUACUAAAAGUCAUAAGAGACAACUGGAGGCACAAGUUGUUGGCCGUCGCUUGAAGCAUUUUAAAAGUUAACUCAGUUUCUUUGGAGGUUUUUUUUUUUACCAAACAAUCAAACGAACAGGGAAUCCCUCGACUUUAUCAGAGUUAGUGGGAGUAACACGCAAUAAUGAUAUUAAACUGUAGCUAAGGCAUCACCGGUGUUUGAGCAGUGCAGCAGAGAUUUGCACAACUACCAACAUCCAGGGAAAUUUCUUGGAAGUGCAUUAUAAAGAACCAACACGGUAUUUUAAUCACAUUUAUACUGAGUGCUGUGCAACAAUCUAAUUUUACGUUAGCAUAAAUUAAUGUUAUGUCUUAUGAAGUUUAUACUUUAACAUUUUGUUCCGUAUUUUUGUUAAUCAAGGUCUUUAAAAUUCAAAUGAUUCUCUGGUUCUUUGGUGAAAUUACCCCAAAAUCAACAAGAAUGAUCCAAUCAGAGCCUCGUGAUCAAACAGGAGCUCCAAAAAUCGCAUUAUAUUCUAUAUCAUAUUUGAACCAAGAUGCAUACUGAAAUGUAUACAACGCCGUUUGUCAGUGUAUGACUGGCUCCCUCUAAUGGAAGCACUUGGUUGCUAAAAGGUAACACUGUAACAAUCUAAUCACGCUCAAAGAUAUAAUGUUGAUAUUUUCACAGAGGAUUCUGCUGCUUUACUGUUUGAUUUCUUACCAUUUAUGAUGAGGUUUGGUUGCUUUACAUCAUGCUGUAACGUGAUGAUGACACACACAUAAUGGCUUCCAAAUGUGGUUAUGAUGCCUUGUUACGCUUUAUCUGCAACACUUCCAAAUGCAACAGCUCCUUACGCUUGAUUAAAUUGUGUUUAUCAAUGACAACUAAAAAUUUGUACACGACAGUAUUCCGUAAAGAAGAAUUUUAUCCAGUAAAUAUAAAACAAAUCGAAUGUUUCAAAUUCAAAUUCAGGUUUUACUUGCAAAAACCCAAGUGUUUUUUUUUUAAAUGUUUGUGGCAGCUGAAUUUCUAAAAACGGCAUCAAAAAUAAAUCAGUUCUGAAAUUACAGCACAAAAACGGAGUGUGUGUGUGUGCCACACACACUUUUUCUAAAUACUGAAAAGCACGACACUUCGAAAAGGGUUGAGCCGCGGCUGCGACAGCGUUUGAAUAUUCCUAAUUAAUUAAGCAUCCGUAUUAAAAAACGGCACAACCCAGAAGCCAUUUAUUUUGUACUUGCGUCGAGAAAUUUUGCUGCUGCAGCAUCACGUUUAUUCAGUUCAAGUAAGUGGGAGGAAUGCUAAAAAAAAAAAACGUGACGGAUGUAAAAUGUUCCCCCUUGAUCUUUGAACAAUGCAGCAGCGUGUUUCCAGUGCAACAAAACCGGAAUGCUGCCAGUUUACAUGUAUGUUAUGUCAAUAAUACAAACUGUGUAUCUGAUGUACUAUGUUAGGUCCGUUUCUUUUUUUUCCAGAUAUGUACUUAAAUAGUCAGUCAUGUUUCCUUUCUGAUGUAAACUCCAAAAUGUUGUUGCUCUCCAAAAUAUCGCUCCCUAUUUGAUGUGUUUCUGUCUUUGUUGUAUCCACACCGAUGUGUCCCCCUGAGUGAAAUUCACCCAAACUCAAUCCCACGGUGUGACUGAGUUGUGCGUUUGUAUUCGGGUAGAAACAGCAGGAUAACAACUCCUAAAGCCAACAUAUUGUCAAACCAAUAUGCAUAACUGGUUGCUAAAAAGGUAACAUUGUAUGACAAUGGGUCCUGUCAGCAAUGCCCUUUCCUGGUCUCAGAGUUACAGUCACGCAAGUCUUCCAGAAAGUUCCCACGACCCUUCUCCUCUCUCCUACUCUUAUGGACAACUCCAAACUUUUUUGUCUUCUGUAAAACUGACAAUGAAAAAGCAAAAAAAAAAAUUAACAGAGCAAAAAAAGAAAAAAAAAAAAAAAAAA